AUGGCAGUAGAUCCUGCGGGCAAGAUUCUGGGCAUCGUCGGCAUGGGUGACAUUGGUAUUGCCAUUGCCCGUAAAGCCGCAUUAGCAUUGGACAUGAAGAUUCACUAUCACAAUCGUAAACCACGGGAAGAUCUCCAAAGAAUUGGUGCCGAGGCUGUCUACCAUGAAUCUCUUGAGUCACUCUUGAGAGUCUCAGACUGCAUCUGCCUAGCAUGUCCACUAACACCGGAAACAAAGCACAUGCUGUCUACAAGUCGAUUCGGCAUCAUGAAGUCAGAAGGGGUUCGUAUCGUGAACAUUGCACGUGGCGGCCUUAUUGACGAGGACGCAUUACUGGAUGCGAUGAAAUCAGGGCGCGUGGUUGGCUUGGGUCUUGAUGUUCAUGCGGCCGAGCCCACGUUGAACCCAAAGCUAAAGGAGAACUACGACACGACACUCUUGCCCCACAUUGGUGUUUGCUCCGGAACGAGUUGGAACAACUUUGACAAAAUCACGCUCACGAACCUUGAAGAGUGGUUCUUCGGCGACAAGACCAAGGUGACUGCGGUAAAUAAAGUCUGA